AUGGCAGACGUACUGGACCUUCAUGAGGCUGGAGGCGAAGACUUCACCAUGGACGAGGAUGGGGACCAGAGUAUUCACAAACUGAAGGAGAAGGCCAAGAAACACAAGGGUCGCGGCUUGGGCUCAAAGGAAGGGUCCCGGGCCCGAAUGCGAGAGGACUAUGACAGCCUGGAGCAGGAUGGAGAUGACCCCGGGCCGCAGCGCUCUGUGGAGGGAUGGAUUCUCUUUGUGACCGGGGUCCAUGAGGAGGCCACAGAAGAAGACAUACACGACAAGCUUGCAGAGUAUGGGGAAAUCAAGAGUCUCCAUCUCAACCUGGACCGGCGCACAGGGUACCUCAAAGGAUAUACACUAGUAGAAUAUGAAACAUACAGGGAGGCUCAGGCUGCAAUGGAAGGGCUCAAUGGCCAGGAUUUGAUGGGACAGCCCAUAAGUGUGGACUGGUGUUUUGUUCGGGGGCCACCCAAAGGUAAAAGGGGAGGUGGUCGAAGACGGAGCAGGAGUCCGGACUGGAGAGGUCGCUGA